AUGGAUAUAACAAAAUAUUUAAGUUUACUGUUGAUGUCUAUAGAUCAGAGAUGUCGUGAACUGGUCUUCAAGCCUGAACAAACAUUCAUCGGAAAACGUUUACUUAAUCACGUUGUAAAUGUCGUUGAAGUCGUUGAUGAGGAUUCGUGUGGUUAUUUAUGUUUCAUGGAACCUAACUGCGCUAGUUACAAUUUUGAAAUAUCGACUAGUCAAGCUGGAGUCCACAAAUGUGAGCUGAACAACUCUACUCACGAAAGCAACGAAGAUGAUCUGGAGAAUGAUCAAAAUUUUGUUUAUCGCGGAACUAAGGUGAGCUCAGGCCAAAGGGUUGGGGGUUUGGGGGGGGGGGGGGGGGGGGGUGGUUCGGAGGGGAGAAAAGGGGAUCGCAUGCGCCGCCCGGGCGGGGGGGGGGUUUGAUGUGCUGUACGGGUUUUUAUUUUUGUUGUGUCAUUGAGUAGAGGCUCGUGUGUUCUCUCUACAUAUCGAGAACCAGCACACGCAAUUUAUAAUAUAAAAAAAUACAAUCAAGUAGGUGGAUCAAAACAAGUUGUAAAAAAAAACCACGAACAGAAAAAAAAAAAAAAGGGGAGGGGAAAAUAAAAAUAUUUGUUGGUUGACGGGAAGAGGGGGGAGAACGGGAACAGGGGGGGUGGGGGGGGGGGGGGGGGGGGGGGGGGGUGUACUUCCAAGUGCUAAAAGGCAUGUCACAUGUGCCGCCAGAUAGGGAAGCGUUUUUGAUGGUCUCCAUGGUUUAAAUAAUUUAUGGUAUCAUUUUUGCCCUUGUUGGGGCUGUUGGGGAGACCCUUGGAUAGGGUACAUGCCGUUAUUCUAUCAGUUAAAAUCCACGUGCGUUAAUCUCCAUCUAGAUGAGAAACAAAUCAUCUGUUAAUCUUGAACUUAACUGAUUAGAUUAUCAGGAAAGCGAUUUCAGGAGGAUGUGUAAUUUUCAGCAAAUUCUUAAAUAGUUUUUGUUUUUUUCCCUUAAAUUGGGUCUCAAUUUUUAGGUUUGGGCCUUAAAUCGGGUAUACGUAUGUGUUUGUUUUAUCCGUAAAAAAAGAGUCAGGUGUUAAGACCCUGAGCGGCACACACCUAUCCCAAAUUUAUGAGAGUACUCCGUUGGGGUCUAGAUCUCGUACAAUUGUACACUACAACAACAAGGACGGAGUUAGGGUAACGGGGGGCCAGCAUGCGUAUCGGCCUCCAAAUAUUUCAGUCUCACUAGCCUACAUGCAAGAUAUCCACAUUCCCAAAACCCUAGUGAUAUCGGCAUGCCCUUAUCAUAUUCCUCUAGUGAUUUGGGUUAGGGUUAGGAUUAGGGUUACAGGGGAUGCCGAUCACUAGGGUUUUGGGAAUGGGGAUGCCCAUAUCACUGUGACAGCGGGCACCCCUCCCGGUCUCUAAGGAAAAAGCCCUGGGGGCGAGGUUAGGGGGGAUAGGGGAGGGAUGUGGGGCGAGUUCCGAAGAACUUGUUCGCAGGCUACAGCCUCAUGUUUACAUGAGACCGUUUUUAAGAACUGGCCCCAGUUUUUUUCAGUUGGUUUCCUUAAUACUACCCCGUUGGAUGGUGAUUUAUCCGGUGGAUAGCGCUAUCCAUCGUUUGAACAACCAGCAGGGCCUGCUAAAGAAAUUUCGUUUGAAUUGUCAAACUGAGAUGGAAUUACAUCACAAAGACAACUGUUAAUUAGUUUGUGAGAAACAAAUACUGUUUUUUCUUUUUCAUCACUUGCUGCAAAACAAGUAAAACGUGCAAAAUGUACAGAUUUUGUUGCAAAAAGUAGAACUGCUCUCUACUUUCUGGAAAGACUUUUCGCAACCUGCUCAACCUAAUUUGUUACAAGACAGGUUUGCUUCGUGGGUGGUAAAACGGGCAAGCUCGUUUUGCAGCAAUGUUGUUCAACAAGUUGCAUGUUUUUAUGCCCGUUUUACCUUAGCUUUAGGUAAAAAUGGGCUACUUCCAUUUCCUUUCACUAAACUAAUUUUUAUAAGGAUUCACUGUAAAUCCGAAAGAUCUGUUUUAGCCCUAAAAAUGGGGCCGGUUGGGUGAGUAAAAUACAGUCCUAUUUUUGAGUCUAACUUGGCUCCUUGAAAUCAGGGCCAGUACAGUCCAAUUAGCUAGGGCUGAUUUGCUCCCAAGGGCUGAAAUGGGCCCCCGCGCGGGCUGGAACAGCCUUUUGAUAGAGCUUUUAUUCUAUCUUUUUCUUCUAGAGUGCCUGUGUCAACAACCCCUGCAGGAACAACUCAACAUGUCAAACCGGUUUCACCGACAAAAAAUACCGUUGUUCGUGUACCGCAGGUUUUACUGGCGAGCACUGUGAAAACGGUAAGAGACAUGAAAAACUCGUUAGAAGUGUUUUAAGAGAGUUGUGGGGAUUUAUUCAAAGGCAUAAGAUACCGCACUAACCUUGUUCCUAGAGUCUUCUGUCUUUUCGUUUGUAGAGGUAAAGAGAGGAACUUGGUUAUGAGGUCGUCUCAAGCAGCCUUAACAGACAGCCGUUCUAGUGUCUCACGCGUCGCGCAGCGCAACCUCGUCACUGUGACUUUUCCCUUUUUCCUCCUUUUUUUCUUAGGGUUAAGUCCAGGGGACGAGGUUAUACGCAGCUCUCCUCGUUAACGCUCCCCCCCAAAGGAGGAGCUUUGCAUUACGAGACAAAGGACAUGUGCCAAAAUUACUUUACUGGCCUUCUAAGCUCCAGAAAAUGAAUUUUUAAUUCCUCAAAUGACACUUUUUUUAGGUCUUGAUAGUUUUCAAAUGGGGUAGUGUUUUGUUUUGUACAAAGUCUACAAACCCUGCUCGCAAACAAAAUCAGUCAUUGUCGAGUUUGUUAGAACCUUUUCUAUUUUCCUCAGAUAUCAAUGAGUGCACCGCUGGAACACAUGACUGCAGUCCAGAUGCUGUAUGCGUCAAUUUGAUAGGAUCCUACAACUGCACUUGUAAACAGGGAUUUCUUGGAAAUGGAAAGGACUGUCAAGGUAGAAUGCCGUCAUCGUUAUUGCCAUCAAUGCGUGCUAAUUGUUUACUCUAAGAACUUUUAUGCCAGCUGUUGUUCCGAAGAUAGAUCCCAGAAAAACUUUUAUGCUCGAUUUGCCGUCGCCGUCGUCGCUGCUAAAACUCCCUAUUAGCUAUAACUAGGCUACCAAAGAACUAAUUGGAAAAAUUAUCCCCAAGAACAGUCCAUAAUGCACUUUGACGCAACUAACCCUGACCCAGUCUCAGAUACAGCACACAAUGCGGGCUUCUUAGUUUCCGUAACGGUUACCCCCGCCUUGGAUAGUGAUUUAUCCGGUGGGCAGUGCCAGCGUUUUGAGCUACUGGCCGGAAUCUCUUUUCCGGAUAUUCCGCAAAGACCUUGUUGGAAAACGACGCCAUAAAGCUAUCUUAGUUUGUGUCUUCACUGUUCUUCGCGUUAUAUACUGUUUUUUAACCCUAAAAAAUGCUUUAUGGUUUGCCAGUGGGACUGUAGCCUGCGAAGCAGCCGUUCUUCUCGCUCCUUGCCGUUAGGGACGUUUAGCGUGAGAGGCGAGAAAGACUCCGGCGAAAAGGUCCCAGGCGGCGAGAAGUGAAGAGAGACGGCUCUACUCGCAGGCUACGUGAUCACGUGAUACUGACAAUUUUGGAGUAAAGUUUGUCCCGCCCGUAAUUUUCCCUCAAGUAUCGCAUAUAACUACGAAGUUUUACCUAAAUAUUUUGUACCUCAGUAAUUUUAUUUUGGCUAUCUGACUGCUGACUCUGAUUUGCUUUCUUUAUAGAUAUUGAUGAAUGUGCUACUGGGAUGCACAAAUGUAAUAAACAUGACAUAUGCAAUAAUACUCAUGGGUCUCACAAUUGUACACGUGAGUCAGUUUUAAACUGCACAAACUUUUAGUCACAAAAAUUAACGGGUUUUAAAGUUUACAGCUUUUGUGGACUUAAUGUAAAUCUUUAGACGACUAGAAACUUCAAAAUAGCGAUGAAACACCAGCGGCUAUACCGUGUGGUAAUUAUGCUACAUUUUCUAUCCUAUGAGCAAGGUUUACCCACGUACCCCCGGGAGAGCUUGCUGGCAGGCUAUACAUUUUCUAGUUGGAAGAGUCUCGAUGGGACUAACCGUUAGCCGUAAAACAGCUAAAACAUUUGAUCAUUAGACGUAAAAAGUGAAAAUUUUAACCGUUAGUCGUACGUAGAAAAAAAGUUAACCGUAAAAAUUUUUCUAGCAAAAAAUUUGUCAUGUAAAGAGUGUCAAUAUUACCUGUCAGGACUUCACGCGUUUUGUCUUGUGGCUCAUGCAUAUGGUCCCUAUUUCAGCGCUAUCCUCCUCUCCUUGAAAUCGAUGGAACGGUCCUUAACCAAUAGAAACUUCUUGUUUUCAAAACAAAUGAUUUUUCUUCUUAAGAUGUCUGUUAACAGAAGUGGAGAGAAAUUAAUGGCUAGCCAUAGACAAGCCAAAAGAUCGAAAAAUAUCAACAGUUAACCGUAGGUUCGCAUCGUUAACAUAUUUCGAAGUUUAAUACUAAGAAUAAUUUGCACAUUAACUAACUUUCUAUAAUCUCAACAUGUUCCCCUUUAUGUAUAUGGAUUUCUCUUUUAUUUUCAAUUACGCAGCAAUGUCGUGUGGAGAACUUUACCAUCGGAAUAUGUAAGUACCAUGAAAGGCUUAAAAAUGGAAGAAAAUUGUAUCUCGCACUCACAUUACACGUGCGGCAAAGGGAGUUAAUCCUAACUGUGAAGAUUUUACGUUUGUUUACUAAAAACUCCCUGCACAAAGUAAAGUAAAGAAAAGUACAGUAAAACUUUAUUUACACAGGGUAGCCCAUUCAGCUCUAAAGCUGGUCUCCAUAGGGGCCCUAUCUUAAAAAAGUAAUUGAAAAAUACAAUCCAAAAUGACAUUUAAAGCCUAAAAUAUAAUAAAAUACCAAAGUUCUGAUAAAAAAGAAAUGUCUUUCUCGGUGGCAGAACGUCUGUUACUGAAUCUUUUCACUCUACAUAAUGUUUAAAGGGAGUUUGUUAAAAGUUUUGGCGCCAGUAAACAAUCACACAUAAUAACAAAACAAGGAAACAAAGAAGGUGGACUGAAACUCUGGAGACGAGGAGAAUAAAACAAAAAAUGUAUGUGGGACUAGUAAACCUAAUCUCUGGCUUAGUUUCUCGAAGGCCAAUUAGCCUGGAUCCAAUGUUAUAUUUUUAAGACGUAGCCCUUUGUCUUUGAUCUAAUGAAUAAAAUACAUUGAGCUCUUAUUAUUUUUCCAUUCCCUUACUCUUCUUUUUAGAGCGUUUUCAGCUCACAGGCAACCGACGCUACGCCAUUUUAUCUGAGCAAAUGAAAGUUUUUGCAAAGGGAAAGGUUAAACCCCCACAGGAUCGGUUUGGAACACCAACAUAGCCGCAAUUUUAUUUUAGACACCAACAUGAUUGUUUAUUUCAUUUUAGAUCCAGAGAAAUGAUAUCGUAUGAGCGGAUUGCAGUACAUGGAAAAAUCGUUGUCUACUGCGAAAUAAACGAAACUAUUCUUGGACCAUGUAGCGGCGGUAUUUGGACGCUGGUCAUGAAGAUUGAUGGCUCAAAGGUACGUAGCGUUAAACAGAUCCUACAGCUUAAUCCCAUAGUCUUCCUCCUCAAGGCAUUCUCGUACCCAGAGCCUCCCGUUUCCCUCUUAGCAAUGGUGUUAGGCUUUGUUAGGCAAGUGCGUCCGCAAAAAGUGCAAGUGUUUUAAAGAUUUCACGUGUCCGUAAUAAUGUCAUAUGACGUCAUUAACGGCCGAAUUCCUUAUUUAGACAACCUUGGUCCCAUGGCUCUCUCCUCUUACUCUCCUCCUCCCAGAGAACUCUGGGAACAAGGUUGUCAGUUCGGAUUCGUUACCGCUUAUCAUCUUAGGCAAUUUGCACAAACACACUCUCCCUAUCCUAAAUUACCAAAAGUCGAUGAAAGAAACUAAUUAUUAAAAAAUAUUUACGCAACAGAAAGUCUCUCAAUAUAUUAAAGUCAAUAAAAAGGACUAAACAUUUCAAGUGACAGAGUUGUUGUAUGACACGAUUUCCCUCGAACAACAAAUACGAGUUUCAUCGCGGAGCAUAAUAAGGAGCUUAAGCAAAGGAGUUUUUGAGCGACGCACGUCAAUCUGAAGUGAGGUGUUUUCCCUUUCCUUUAAUAUGCCUUCCGCUACCAAAUUUGUAUGGUUAGUGUCUUUACUCUUAACUAGACGAGUUAUCCGAAAAUUUGGGCAAAACUCAAUGCCCAAGAAUGCAACAAAUCCACUCCAUUUGACAUGCGUCGCUCAAAAACACCUUUGCUUUAGCUUCCUGUUAUAUCACUACUCACUUUGAAAACCUAAUUAUCAAUAGGUAAACUUCGAGUACGACUCUACUCUUUGGAGCAAUAACGAAACAUUUAACCUUGCUGGUGGUCAUACUGGGUUCGAUCAACAGGAGACCAAGUUGCCAACUUACUGGAACACGUCCUUCUCCAAAAUCUGCCUAGGAAUGAAAAUCUUGGGACGGGAUGAGAAACAUUUUAUCCUCAUAAACAAGACCGCUGACUCUUUGUUCUCACUAAUCGCCGACGGGCAACACCGCGCCACAUCACUGGGUCGUGAGACGUGGAAAUCACUCCUCGGUUCCGAGGGAUCCUUGCAGCUUAACUGCAACAUGGAAGGGUUCAACGUUUUUGAUGGUGGCUGUGCAAAAACAAGAAUUGGCAUUAUUGCUAACAACGAAAACGGUUGUAUUGUCUGCCCCGACUCCAGAAUCGGGUUUGGUAGUGGUGGAGCCCAUGACCCGUCGAACACGUGUGGUAACGCUGCAAAAUACAGUACAGAUAAUGGUGAUAAGGAUCUUAAGGCCAUGGGAUAUAUCUUUGUGCAGUAA